AAAAAAAAAAAAAAAAAAUCCCGAGCCGGAGCGAAUACGUAGAGGUUUUAUAGUUUCGCCGGGGAAAGAAGCCAAAGAUGCCGGAGAUAAAUAUCUUGGUCGCCGUCUUCUUCGUCAUGUCCGGUUUAGCAGUGGCCGGAGAACCGGUUAAGGGACUGUACGUGUUCGGAGAUUCGUUAGUCGAUGUCGGAAACAACAACUAUCUCCCGGUUUCGUUGGCCAAAGCUAAUUACCCUCACAACGGCAUCGAUUUUCCAACCAAGAAACCCACCGGAAGAUUCUGCAACGGCAAGAACGCCGCCGAUGUCAUCGCCGAGAAAUUGGGAAUACCGUCGCCGCCGCCGUAUCUGUCACUGAAAAAGAGAGGGAACGAAUCCGGAGAAUUGGCCGGAGUAAAUUUUGCCUCUGGCGGAGCCGGAAUCUUCAACGGCUCCGAUCAAACUCUCGGUCAAUCAAUACCUCUCUCCCAACAAGUGAACAAUUACAUUUCUGUUCACGAAGAAUUGGUGAAACAGCUUUCACCAUCCGCAGCACAAAAUCAUCUGUCGAAAUCCAUAUUCGUAAUAGUCAUAGGAAGCAACGAUCUCUUCGACUAUUUCUCUUCGUUCAAACUCCGCCAGAAGAACAACCCUCAACAAUACACACAAAUGAUGGCUACCAAAUUGAAAGAGCAGCUCAAGAGAAUAUACGAUAAUGGAGGACGCAAAUUCGUGGUGAUCGGGAUUGGACAGAUCGGGUGCAUCCCGGUACAAAGGAAGAAGAACUCGACGUAUGAAUGUAACAGAGAACCAAACAUGUGGUGUUCGGUUUACAACCAAGCUCUUAGGUUAAUGUUGCAACAAUUUGCACAAGAUCUUCAUGGCUCCAUGAGAUACUCUUACGUCGACAACUUCAUUGCCAUGCAAGACAUCAUCUCCAACCCUACCGUUUAUGGGUUUAAAAACGUGGAAGCUGCGUGUUGCGGACGCGGAAAGCUAAACGCGGAACUUCCAUGUCUUCCAAUCGCAAAGUACUGUUCGGACAGGACAGCUUACUUCUUCUGGGAUCUGUACGGCCACCCGACAGAAGCCGCGGCUCGGAAAUUCGUUGAAACUGUCGACCUUUCCCUCUUACUCUCAAGCAGCUUAUCUCCUCGCCGUAAUUCAAUUAGCAUCGUAUUUGUUUUCGUGGGUAUCUAUAUAUUUGUGUUACAAAAAUAA